UUUACUAAGAAAAUUUCAACUGUUUCUGUACUAUACAAGUUUUUUUAUUUUGCAAAAGCUAGGUCGUUAGGAGGAAUAUCAUCAUGCAAAAAUAUGAAAAACUUGAAAAAAUUGGUGAAGGUACUUAUGGCACAGUUUUUAAAGGCCGUAAUAGAGAUACAAUGGAAAUUGUAGCUCUUAAACGGGUUAGAUUAGAUGAAGAUGAUGAAGGGGUACCCAGUUCAGCACUACGAGAAAUAUGCCUUCUUAAAGAAUUAAAACAUAAAAAUAUUGUGCGACUUUAUGAUGUCUUACAUUCCGAUAAAAAAUUAACAUUAGUAUUUGAACAUUGUGAUCAAGAUCUAAAAAAGUACUUUGAUAGUUUAAAUGGAGAUAUAGACUUAGAUGUUUGUAAGAGUUUUAUGUAUCAAUUAUUAAGAGGGCUAGCAUUUUGUCACAGUCACAACGUGCUACAUCGGGAUUUAAAACCACAAAAUUUAUUAAUCAAUAAAAACGGAGAACUUAAGUUAGCUGAUUUUGGUUUGGCUCGUGCUUUUGGUAUACCAGUCAAAUGUUAUUCAGCAGAAGUUGUGACACUUUGGUAUAGGCCACCAGAUGUAUUGUUUGGUGCAAAGUUAUAUACAACUAGUAUUGACAUGUGGUCCGCCGGAUGUAUUUUUGCGGAGCUUGCUGAUGCUGGUCGCCCACUUUUCCCAGGUUCCGAUGUUUUGGAUCAAUUGAUGAGAAUAUUUAGAGUGCUAGGUACACCAACUGAAGAAAGCUGGCCUGGUGUUACACAUUUAUCCGAUUACGUAUCACUGCCAUCUUUUCCUCCAAUAAGUUCUUGGAGCCAAAUUGUGCCAAGAUUGAAUUCAAAAGGGAGAGAUUUAUUACAAAAACUUUUAGUUUGCCGACCAAAUCAAAGGAUAAGCGCGGAGGAGGCAAUGCAGCAUCCCUAUUUUACAGAAAGUUAAAGAGAUUUUCUAUCAAAUGUCUUCAUUACAAAGUUGAAAUAAGAAUAGCGGUUUAUAUUUGGAAAAAUCAAAUUAAGUCCAGAUAAAAUUAAGAGAUAACAUUUCUGUAUCAGAAUUUUAUGCAAAUGCAUGAUUUGGCAAAAAUUUAAAGAAUGAAAUUAUUUAAUAUAAGAAGUUUAUAAAUUAUGUAAGAAACACAGACAUAGCAAUAUUAUGCUGUUUGUAAGCUCCAAAGAUAUUAAAAAUUGUAAUUUAAGUUCAAAACAA